GGAAGUGGGGAGCAAACCCUCUCAUUGAAGCAGCUUAGGCUACUUAGCCGGUAAAUAAAGUUACUAAGUCAUUCUCUCGCUUUUUCUCUCAAGUCUUAAAGUAUGUGGCCAUACGCUCGAUAUAUCUGAAGUAUGGCAACAAGUAUGAAACGUUUCCAUGUGGCUUUAAUAGUACCGCUAAGGCAAGAUGAAUAUGAUCACAUUCUUUCUCGUUGGACUUCUGGUCCAUGUGGUCUUCUUCAUCUCUAUCUUUGACAUCUAUUUCACAUCACCUUUGGUCCACGGGAUGACACCCCAGCAUGUCCCUCUGCCCCCUCCAGCCAAGCGCCUGGUGCUCUUUGUGGCAGACGGCCUAAGAGCUGAUAGCCUCUUUAAGCCGGACAUCAAUGGAACCUCCAGGGCACCUUAUAUAAGGAGUAUAAUUAAGGAGAGAGGGACGUGGGGGGUUUCGCACACACGAGUGCCUACGGAGUCUCGUCCAGGACAUGUGGCUCUAAUAGCAGGCUUUUACGAGGAUGUUAGUGCUGUGGCCAAAGGGUGGAAGGAGAAUCCGGUGGAGUUUGACUCUGUGUUUAAUGAAAGCAGGCACACCUGGUGUUGGGGAAGCCCUGAUAUUCUGCCCAUGUUUGCUAAAGGAGCCACUGGAGAUCAUGUGUACACUUACACUUAUCCAGCUGCAAUGGAAGACUUUGCCUCCACUGAUGCCUCCAAACUGGACACCUGGGUCUUUGAUGAAGUGAAGGCCUUCAUGAACUCUUCCAGAGGGAAUCAAACUCUGCUGUCUAAACUACAUGAAGAAAAAAAUGUGUUUUUCCUUCAUCUACUGGGACUAGACACUAACGGACACGCCCACCGACCCAUGUCAAAGGAGUAUUUAGAUAACAUUGGCCUGGUUGAUGAGGGCGUGGCAGAGAUGGUCUCUGUGUUUGAGGAGUUCUAUGGUCAUGAUGGAAAGACUGCAUAUGUUUUCACUGCUGACCAUGGCAUGACAAACUGGGGGUCUCAUGGAGCUAGCCAUCCCUCAGAGACCCUCACUCCUCUGGUGGCAUGGGGGGCCGGACUUCAGACAGCACAGAGAGCUUCCACUGCACAGAACUAUGAUGAUAACUACCUGAAAGAUUGGGGGCUGGAGACAUACAGAAGAGUUGAUGUAAACCAGGCUGACAUAGCACCGCUCAUGUCAUCUCUCAUUGGAGUACCCAUCCCUCUCAACUCUGUGGGCGUCCUGCCAUUACAAUACCUCAAUAACAGCCAGCACUUCAAAGCUGAAAGCAUGUUUGCAAAUGCCAUUCAAAUCCUGGAGCAAUUUAAGGUGAAAAUGACACAGAAAAAGGAGACCACCUUAUCAUUUCUCUUUACUCCAUACCAAGUUCUCACCGAUUCUAAACAGAUGGAGUUUGUGCGUCACACAAGAGAACUGAUCCAGAAAGGGCAGUUUCAGGAUGCUAUUCAUCAUUGUGAGACUCUAAUAGCUCAAGCCAUGGAGGGCUUGUCCUACUACCACACCUAUGACCGCUUUUUCCUGGGUUCCAGUGUGGUCUUAGGUUUCAUCGGGUGGACGUCGUAUGUAGUUCUUGUCAUACUGAAAACUCACGCUAGCCUCCGCAAGCCGCCUACCAGCAGAGAUAUGAUGUCAGGGCGAGGUUUGCAAAGGGGGUUUAUAUGUGUUGGCUUGGUGGUAUCCCUCUUCCUGUUGCUUCAGGCCAGUCCCUUCCUUUACUACAUCUACUGCCUACUACCUGUACUUGUGUGGUAUUCUGUUUUUAAAGAAUUUGGCAUCCUGGUCAGUCUUAUAAGAUCAAUCCCUUCCCUGCCACUAAGCAAGUGCUUUGGAUAUUUUCUGCUAGUUAUGUUUGGGAUAGAACUGCUGGUGGUCAGUUUUUUCUAUCGGGCCAUGCUGACCCUGGGGCUGAUAACUUUGGGACUGUGGCCUUUUGUUUCAGGCCUUUAUAGGAAAGCAAAGUCCAGGUCAGUGAGCUGGGUGUUGAGCUGCCUCUGUCUGGCUGUGUUUCCUUUGUUGCCCGUAGUUGGACGAGAGUCUAACGUCAACUAUGUAUUGUGCGCUGGAGCUCUAACUCUCUUCAUUUCAUUCUGCUACUUCUGUUCAUCAUGUGGACGCGCAGGCCUGCACAUGAGAGAUCGCCGGCUGUUCAUUGGACAGAUGCUCCAAGUGCUGCUGUGUGUCUACGUGCUGGCCAGCACCCACUCCAGCCUGCAGAUGAAGCAAGGCCUGCCGCUGUUCAAUCAGCUCGUCAGCUGGGCCACUCUGGUUUCGUCAUUUUUUGUGCCACUGCUGUCUUCCACACGACUGUUUCACAGGCUGCUGAGUAUCCUCUUGUCACUCAUCUGUGUCUACCUUGUACUCAGUACUGGGUAUGAGGCCCUCUUCCCUCCAGUGCUGUCAUGGCUGAUGUUUGUGUGGAUCAAUAUGGAGCAGGAAGCCGUGGACACACAAAGUGUAUCCAGCAGGGCGGAGCUUUACAGCAUUGAUUUUGCUGAAAAUAUCGACUUAACAAGAAUCAGACAGUUGAGGCUGGAUGAUAUCCGAAGAUCAUACUUCUUUGUGUUCUUCAUCAUAAUUGCUUUCUUUGGCACUGGAAACAUUGCCUCCAUCAACAGCUUUGACCCGGCUUCCGUCUACUGCUUUCUGACGGUCUUUAACCCGUUUAUCAUGGGUGGCCUAUUGAUGUGGAAGGUUCUGAUUCCCUUCAUAAUUGUGAUGUGCGCAUUUGAAAGUGUACAAGUGUCAACAAGGCUUUCCUCGCGAAGCCUUUUCCUCAUCGUGCUGGUCAUCUCUGACUUGAUGGCACUGCACUUCUUUUUCUUGGUAAAAGACUAUGGAAGCUGGCUUGACAUUGGUACUAGCAUUAGUCACUACGUCAUUGUCAUGUCCAUGACCAUCUUCCUGAUGCUCCUGAGUGUCAUGACACACAUCUUGACCUCCAAGCGGAUCCUGAUUGGACAGAAAAUGAAGAUGCACUUUAAGUGAGGGACAGCGGUUGUGCAUGGUUGAAACAGCACAUGAUGGCAGUUACUUAACAUUAUGAAACAGGAACCAAAAAACAGUAACUUGACAGUCCUGUUGGCUGUGCUUGAUUCUUGAUUUGCAUUGUUCUAACAGUUUUCACAUGGAUGAAAAUCUAAACGUGAAAGUAAAUAAACAGUUACAGUGUUAAGGAAAUAAGGUAAAAUCAACAGCUAGGAUAUUCGCAUACAUCAAGAAUAGCACUAUUAUACUGGGUGCAAUAUUACAGACAGUGCUAGGUGUGUGUUUGUAUGCUAUGCAAAUCUACAAUCUGUAGACACACAGAUCUGUAGACACUCACCAAAUAUGGAAGCGUUUAUAUAUUGUAAAUUUGGUACUUAUGUAUGUUAAUGGGCCCAUAUCCUAUAUAUUUUUUGGAUUUUUUUUUUUCUCCUGAGGUCCACUUAAGUACAUUUUUAUUUACCAAAUUCAUUUUUACAAGACUGUUUUCCUCUAUUUUAUCCUUUGGAAUUCAACAGGCAGCAGGCUGUUUUUGUUACUGUGCCUCUGAGACUGAUAUAUUUUAAUGAGCUCUGUUCUGAUUGGCUGUGUUGUAUUAUGCCACAUUCAGAAAGUACUCGGAGCUGAAACGCUCCUUAUAACUUUGGUGUAAAUGGGCCGAGUUAAACUGCUGUGGGCUGAAUUGGUGGAUAUAUGUAGAAGAGUUGAUUCUUGUGACAUUGAAGAGACGAUCGAAAACAGGCUGUUUUUGCUGUUUAGUUCUCAUAUAUCUACUGUGUGGAAUGUAUUGUGAAUGAUACAUUUUGAAACAUUGUUUACAUAUUACUCCAAACUACUGAUUUUUUUCAUGAUAUGGGCCCUUUAACUCUCACAGUAGUGGGAUUAUUUGCAGCAUUGGGAUUAACUUUAAAGGCCCAUGUCUAUUGACAGCACUAUAAGUGAUGCAAUAACAAGUCUGGGUGCAUUGUACAUGUCAUCACUAUGUCAGAGACCAACAGAGAGAGUUAAUUUUUCACUUCUGUUAUAGCUGAGAAGUAUAUUUAAGAGGAAUCCUUUAUAUCAUCUGAACAUUGCUCUAAACCAGCAAACCAGCCUUUUGUGUCAGCUGUACCCCUUCAGCCUAAUUUGUCUUAAGUAACCUUUGUGAUUUUAGCAUUAAACAUUACAUAAAGCAUUUUUAAUUAAAAGGUUUUGUGGCAUAAUUUCCUAAUGUUUUUUUUAAGAAAGCUGGCUUCAUAUUUUAAUUAGAAAACUACAUCGAACAUAUCAUACACUUUAAGGGGGAUUUUACUGAUCUUUAAAGGUGUAAACAGAGUGAUUAACAGUGGUUUGAUGUGAAAUACUCCGUUCUAGAGAAUUUUUUUUUUUUUACAAUGGUGGUGAUGGGAACCAGACGUCUGAAGAGUGUAAAGUCUCCCUCACAGAGACAUGAAAUGGUUAUAAAUGUUUCCUGAUACUUCAGACAUUGUUUUAUGACAGUUUUGAGAAGGUUUUGGUCUAAAGCUUAAACCAAUUCAUGGUGGAGAGAUACAUGCAGGGCGUUGUAAGGCAAAAUAGUUCCCAAAGAAAACAUAUUUCUUCAGGUUUACUGGUAAAUUAACACUAUGACCCUGUUUAAAGUAACGCUUCACUGAACAAUUGAAUUUACAUAUCUCACAUCCAGUGAGUCAGCCAACACAUUUGGUGUCUGAGCUUUGCUUUUUUAUUUAUUUAUUUGUUUUGGGUUUUUUUUGAAGCAGUGGAGCUUCUACGAGGCUAAAAGAACAGAAGAAUCUGUUUCAUCAAAAAAAGAUUUUGCAUGAUUUAAACUUCUAUUACAUUUCGGCAACUUUAGCCUCGUAGCAACAGAGCAAAACUAAGGACGUAAACGUGUCUUGGCUGACUGACCAAGGGGGAUUGGGGUCAGAGAGAAAAGUGAGUCAUUUUCUCAACACACUUCAACCAAUGACUGCAUUUGUAAAUUUGUCUUGUAUGUGAACUUGCAUAGGGUGCACUGGUGUGUGGGUGAUUUUGCAGUGCUGUGGCUUCUGAAGAAAUUUUGGUCAUGUUUACAGUGGGGUCCAAAAGUCUGAGACCACAAGUGAAAAUACUUCUAUUUUGCAUUCCUUUCUAAUCCAGUUCAAUCCAGUGCAGUAUUUUUUUUAUUACAAAUGAUAUUAUCAGCGCAGCAAUUUGAGCAUCUUUGAAAUUUGAACAUGAAUGUAGUCUCCCCCUAUUUGGACCCCACUGUGUCUCAUUCAGAUUGGUCUUUUUUGUAAGUACCUCAUGUAUAUUGUGUGUUUAUCUGUAGACAAAAGGAUUGACGAUCAA